AUGAAGAGUCAAAUUCUUACUUCCAUCGGCCUCUUUGCCGCUUCUGCUUUCUCCCAGGCUGUUAUUGACAGCGGAACUGGAUUUGGAACCUACUACUACGACGUUGAGCAAGUAGAGGCCUGCGGUACCAGUUUCGCCAACCAGAACCUGGGCUUUGUCGAAUGCAACUUUUUGACGGGCCUUUCUCUCGAUGAAAUUGACAGCAACUACAUCGUUGCUAUGAACCACACGCAGAUUGCUGGCGACCUUGCCAAGUACUGUGGAAAGCGAGUUAUUGUCACUGCCAAUGGCGUCACGUCGGACCUCCCGCUGUUUAUUGGUGAUGGAUGUCAACGAUGCGGCACUGGCUCCAGCACCAACACUGUCUGGAACCCUAACGGCGCCCCUGGAUUGGACUUCAGCUACACCGUCCUCAGUGAGCUCAACAGCAACGCAUGCUUCGCCGGCCACAUUGACAUCUCUUGGGAGAUUGUUGACGAGACACUCUACGACUUCGACACCAACGCUCCUGGCCAGCCCACCGGCCCUGUGAACCAGCGCCGCUCUGUCAGCCAACGAUCUGAGAGAGCUACUCGCCGACGCCGUUAG